GCGCUGCGAGAAGCCUCGCGCUCCGGCUGCCUCAACGAGUGGGACCUCAGGACUCGAGCCUUUGGACACGCGGGUAUAUCUGGAGGAGGAAAGCGUACACUCAGCGCGAGCUCUACCUGGAUAACAGCAAAGGAAGAAAAAAAGCGAUAACGAACAAACAAACAAACAAACAAAAAGAAAAAAAAUCACGAGAAGAGCCCUCGUGAGCGAGCACGCGGAGCAGCGGAGAGCAGAGUCGAAGUGCGCUGGUCGGACAGGCGCGGGCGCUCGGAGGAAGGCGGGAUGAUCGUGAAGCAGCGCGUUCUCUUCGCCCUGUACAGCAUGUGCGGGAUCCUGCUGAAAGCGGCGGCUACGAAAAACAAAGCGAAAGGGGCCCAAGGCCAAUUCCCUAUUGUCCAGAACCUUACGGUGACAGAGGGAGGGACGGCCAACAUGACCUGUCGUGUGGAUCAUAAUGACAACACCUCCCUCCAGUGGUCAAACCCAGCACAGCAGACCCUCUUCUUCGGGGACAAGAAAGCGCUGAGAGAUAACCGGAUUGACCUGGUCCGGGCCUCGUGGCAGGAGCUGACCAUCAGUAUUCGCGAUGUCACACUUUCAGAUGAAGGCCCGUAUACCUGUUCCCUCUUCACCAUGCCUGUGAAAACAGCCAAGGCCUACCUGACUGUACUGAGUGUACCAGAGAAACCAGAGAUUAACGGUUUCUCUAAGCCAGCCAUGGAAGGCGACCAGAUCACCCUGACGUGUGUGACUUCAGGCAGCAAGCCUGCAGCCGACAUCCGGUGGUUCAGGAAUGAGAAGGAGAUCAAAGGGGCGAAGGAAGUGAAUGCCAGUGGAAAGACGUUCACAGUCAGGAGCUCUCUGCAGCUGCAAGUGGACAGGAAUGAUGAUGGUGUUGCCUACACCUGCAGAGUGGACCAUGUGGCUUUGCUGGCCACCCCACAGCAGGCCACUGAAGUUCUGGAGGUUCACUAUGCCCCUCGUGUAGAGAUCAAGUAUUCUCAAGCACUCCCACAGGAAGGACAGCCUCUAAAACUGGAGUGUGUGUCUAAAGGAAACCCCUCACCAGACCCGGUGUUGUGGACGAAAGACGGGGGUGAACUGCCGGACCUGGACCGGAUGAUCGUAGAGGGCAGAGAUCUCACCUUCACGUCUUUAAACAAAACAGACAACGGCACCUACCGCUGUGAAGCCAGCAAUCACCUGGGCACCAACCACGCUGAAUAUGUGCUGUUCGUAUACGAUGCCCCUACCACGCCCUCUCCUUCCACAACACCUCCCCUUGUAGCCACCCUCCCAGACACCACAGACACCACAGACCCCCUAGACUCCAAGCACUCCAACCCUGCAGUGACCGGUCAGAGAGAUCCUAAUGCUGUGGGGCAGCAUGGUCCAGACCAUGCUCUGAUUGGGGGCGUAGUGGCUGUUGUUGUCUUUGUUACCUUGUGCUUAAUCAUCGUACUGGGCCGAUAUCUGGCGAGGCAUAAAGGCACAUAUUUGACAAACGAGGCCAAAGGAGCAGACGAUGCCCCAGAUGCAGACACAGCAAUCAUCAAUGCCGACGGAAACCACGCACACGCAGAAGAAAAGAAGGAAUACUUCAUUUAGACUGCACUCCACUCCUUUCACUCUCUCUCUGUCUCUCCCUCUCUGAUCCUUUCUUCCCUGCUCCACGUAGGAACCUUGUCUGGCAGCAGUGGAAACUUCUCCUUCACUUCUUUACAUCCUCUUUUCCUUCACGCUUUUCUUUGCAUUCCUCUGUUUAGUGUUCCUCUUUCCUUUUUUCCUGAUAUCAACUCAUUUCAAAUUUCAAAUGCCACUUUUUAUGAAUCACCUAAGCAUAGCUGCUGAAGAUUUUUGCCUUUUUUGUUCAAAGUGUCUGUAAAAUACACACAAAAGUGAAACGUGCCCCGAACCACCCAGUUCGACAAUGAAAGUCCACCGCCCUCACUACUUCACUUCACAGUGCCUAAAUAUACAGACAUCCAUCCAGUUUCAUUCAAAUGCCUUCUUUUUUUGUCAAGCAUUUCAUUAUUGGUGUUUUGCUUUUUAUCUUCAGCAUUAUGAUGAAGUUACUGUCACUUUUAUCAGAUCUGUUGUUCUUGAAGUUUUAUACUCUUUGUGGUUCAUUUCAACUCCAUUGCUGUAACAGCAAUUUUUUGUCCAAAUAAAAUAUGUAAAUGGACUAAUUUGCUCAACUUGAAACAAAGGAGGUGGCUUAUACCCCUCUCAGUCUACAAGAAAACCGCUUGUCAGUAAUUAGACCAAGUCUAAGUGAACAUUCCACAUGAUAUGAGGCCGAUAGCCCACACCCAUCAUUUAAAAUCAGUAUUUGUACUUGAAAUGUAGAUAUUGGUAUGAAGCCUAUAUAAAUAGGUCUAAGGUCAUAGAGCUACUGAGUCCGCCAAUGUGUUUUUUAGUUUGUGUGAUUUUUGAACACCAAAAAUGUAGCUAGUGUGAUAGCAGGCCAGGGCUCGGGGUUGAAGGCACAUCGUAUUGUAGAAUGAAGUUGUACCACUACAUUUUUCUGUCCUCACUGUGUGGCAUACUAUGUCCCUAACUAGUCUGUAUAUUCCUGCACUGUUACACUCCAGGACAUUGCCAUGAAUAUGUGCUUACUAAUGUGUGAGGAAGCCCCCUCUGCAGUUUACAUACACACGUGCCCUAAAAUCUGUACUUUAGAAGGUUAAAGAUAUUUAAACUAUAGCGUGUUCAAGUUUGUAGGGUCUCAUUAGUCUUGUGGGGCCAGACGUGAUCUCAAAACAAGAGCAUCUGGGAGAAUCAUGAGAAACUUAGUAAAUAGUAAAUGUGGAUGGGAGCAUGGACGUAUUAAUAUGUGAACUAAUAAUAUUUAAAUCAGUCCAACUUCUAGUGAAGGUGGAGUACAAAGUAGGGGGAAAUUUGUCAACUUUGUUUGAGUGCCCCCAAAACUCCAUUAAACAUGUAAAUGUGAAUAUAUAACAUCUGGUAUAAGUAAAUAUUACUUUUUACAACCCUGUUGUAAAAACAGCACAGUACAGCAUGCAUUCCAUGCUAGUCUAAACUGAUUUUUGCUGGUCUGGUGCUGGUUUAGCUGGACACCCAACAUGGUCAUGCUGGUUGACCAUCAUACCAGCAUCCAAAACACAACACGCGCUGGUUUUGCUGGUGAACAGCUUUGUCUAUGCUGGUUUUUCUAACAAGAAAAGAGAAAAACUGUUCUCUAAGCUAACAAUAGCAUUUUGCUAACUAACUUAUUUUGCUAGCUAGCUAGUUUUGUUUGUGUUAUCUAUUGUACACUAACAGAGAAAUUUGGGGGCAGAUUUUAUACCUUUCUGCGGUACAUUUCACCUCAGUCCAGCACCAAAAGUUUAACAAGUUCUCCCCAGACAUACAUUAUCAGUUCAAGUCUGGCCUCAUAAGACUUUGAUCUCAUCAGUCAGGCUGACUCACAGAAAAGAAGUACAAAAACAAUAAACUGUAAUAGCCUUUUUAAUAUAAGCUUUGAAAUAGCACUAGUAUUGAAAACUCAUUGUCCUAAGAUGGUUACAAUAGAUGUUAUGUGCCAUUUGAGGUUGUUGGGUUUUUUUUGUCUAGUUGAUUUGAUUAAAUGUAGAAGCACAAGAAAAGUGUUCAGAAUCACAUUAUCAGUGACCACAUGACACAGAAUGGUAAACUAGAACUGAUCUCAAUGUUCAUGAAAUGAGCGAAUACAAAACAAAACAUAUCUUAUGGUAAACACAUCUCACAACACUGAUGAAUGGUUGAAGUGUUUUUUAAAAUAGUCUGUGUUUCUUUCUGUUCUUUUGCUUUUUUAAAUUUCUGUUAUGAAUAGGUUCCCUUGUUAAUAAGGCUGUAUAUUACAUCUGCUAAAUGUAGUAAGUAGUGAAAAUUGUUGUUAGACUUUGGGAAUCCCGCUUACUAUCAAGUUUGUAUAUUAGCCGAUUUAGACAUUGAUUCAAAAUAUGAUUUUUUUUUAAUUGUUUUUGUUCAUUCAGGAUUCUUAACAAGCACUCCACAUUUUGUUUUUUUGUUUCGGCAUAAAGUAUGUAUAUACUGUAUAAGUACUACAUUUUGGUAAGAAAAAGAAAAAAAACAUUUUUGAUGUCAUGAUUUUAUUUCAGAUCUUGUAAAUGACUUCAUUUCACUCGACUGAAAGCAGGAGUCACUAAGAAUCAGAAGGAAACGUGUUGAUAAACAUGCCUAUGGAAUUAUAAUCAUAGAUGCUGCAAAUUGAGGUAGUGUUUGAAAGGGGGGGUAAUUUUAACAUUUAACACAAACUCAUAAUGUGUUAUUGGUCACAGUGAAUAAUGAAGAAUAUAGUAGCAUCAAGCUAACAGCAGUAUUUUCUGAGAAAUCGAUAGAUCACCUGUCAGACCAUGUAUCAGUCUCUUGUGUAGAAACAGAAUCAUUAAUGCUGGGGAAAUGGUAGAAGAAUAAAGCUUUAAAUUUGCAGAGUAACAUCAGUAAAAAUUUGUUUUAUACUGAAUUCCCAGUAUACCACAGUACAACACAAUACAGGCAGGUAGGCUUUGGGCUAAAACGGUACUUUUCUUCUUUCUUGCCUCAACCAUAUGUAUAUAUGAACCAGGGGAUGGGUAUUACUGUUGAGGAAGCAUUGAUGGGGCCUACAUGAGAAGAGCUGAGUAUUUACUUGAGACCAGUGCACAAUCUACACUGACUCUUAAUUUACACCUUAUUAAGGAACCAUAGAUGCCGUGUUCUUAAAAAUAAAGGUGCCAAAAUGGUUCUUCGGAGCCAUGCCGUAGAAGAACCCCUUUUGGUUUCCUGCAUUGGAUUCUUCUUUAAAAGAAUCCUCAACCUAAUUUCUGUGUUGCAUCUAUCGGGUAGAUACUUAUACUUCAGUAAAAGAACAGAAAAACGUGCUUACAAUAGAUGCCAAUGGAAAGUAUGUUUAGUUGAAUGGGUUUUCAACAUCUAAAUUGUUGUCUUUAGCAAGUGAACACAUGCAGCAGAUGCAACAGAUAGAGAUUGGGUUGGAAAAGCUCUGGAGGCCUCCUUUUAAGAACCAUCCAUUAGAAGGUUCUUCAAAGUUGUUCUUCAGUUACAUCACUCCAAGGAACCCAUUACGGAGUCUUUGUUUUUGAGAGCAUGGACCCUAAGAAGUCUCUCUAUUUCUCUCUCUUUCUCUCUCUUCAUUGCAUUGGAGGCAGCAGAAUAGCUAUGGUCCUCGUUCUUGUCAGUCAGGCCAUGAUAAACAAGGCUAAUACAGAAAAUGUGCCCAUGACCAACUACAUUUCUGAUCAAAGAUUGCAUUAAUCAGCUUCUCUUAAUCACCAUGGUUGCCUUUGUGUUUGCCGUGGGAGGUUAAUGUCAUUUUUUUUUAAUGCAGAACUUUCUCUGGACUUGGCUAUUUGGCUAUCACCAUCCACUUUCUCAACAUGCCAAUGUACAAUAGUUUCUCUCUCUCACUCUCUCACUUUGUGCUGGAUCUCUUUUAUAAACUGAAUGCAGCGUAUUUUGUUUUUUUUGUUUGUUUUUUUCAGGCUGUGUUUUAAUACCCUUUUAUUUCUUUCUUUGCGUGCUAGAUACAUUUUUAUUGUUCUUUGUUAUUGAUUUCCGAAAGCAUGAAAAUGUGCUCUGGAGUACAGGCAGGGCUGCAGAAUCGAGAGUGAUUUGUAAUGUCUCCUGUCAAUGGUCUUCAGGCCUUCUUACCGUGGAUUUAAGUACUGAAUGGAGCAGUCACAAAUAAACCCUUCACAUUUUUGUCUUACUAUCAGGACUCAGUUUAGCUGUGUAGGCCAACAGAUCACUCUGUGGAGUUCUGUAUGGACGCAGGUCUAUGUCUUCGGGGUCCAUCAUUUUGCAGGUGGGGUGGAGUGGGGUGGAUUGCCCACGCUUCAUGUGUAACCUGUAAUUGGGACUGUAGAUGUGCUCUUAGCCUAUGAGGUCAAAUAUUUCCAAAAUUCUCUCAGAGAUCUCAUUCUGCUCAUGCCCUCUACAUUAGCUGCAGCAUCCUUUCGCUCUAAAAUGGAAAAAUAAAGGAAACAUUGCCCAAGAUGCAUCCAAUAUGUAAAUUGUGAUUAGGUGUGGAAAUGCUGUCUAGUUUCUGCUGCUAAUUCUUAGAGCAGAAGCUUAUAUAAAGUACUUGUACUUUUCAUUUUUAUUUAUUUCUUUUUUUUCCUCUUUCCUAAAAGAUUAGGAAUUCUUUUGUUCAUAAUAUUGUUCAAUAUAUACAUGCUGGAGAGACCCUGAUUUGUGUUGUAACUAUUGUUUAGGAGAAAUUUUUAAUUAUAUUUUAGUGAUUUUAACAUCUAAUGGAAAAUCUUGAUCCAUCUGGCUGUUUCUUUUGCUUUGAUGGCAGGUCACAAGAGAACUGUUGUUUGUUUAAAAAAAAAAAUUUAAUUUCUGUGUCACUAUAUCAAUGCAAUCCGUGUACAAAUGGAAUAGUAAAUGUUUGUGUCAGAAAUUGGCCGCCAUAUUACACAGGGCAUGUGACUCCAUUUCUUUUGGCAUUCUCUUUUCUUUUUUUCGCGUCUCAGGAAUGACUCGGUGAGUUGUUUCAAAAUUUACUCGGAGAGAUUUUGCAAAGUAUGUCCCACCUGCUCAUUGCCGACUGCCGAAGCUCUGUAUCUGUUGCUUUUCAAAAUAGGCAAUUAUAAUGUUAAUAAAAAUCUCAAUGUUUAUUUAA